GGUGAAAGGGAGAGCGUAGGGGAGGGAUAGUGGGACAGUGAGCUGAGGAGAUACAGAGCAUAUCAAGAGGCAGAGAGAGACCGGUACACGUCGAGCCUUCUCAAGAAAAUGACCAAUUUCGCAGGCACUUGGAAAAUGAGAAGCAGUGAGAAUUUUGAUGAACUACUCAAAGCACUUGGGGUCAAUGCUAUGUUGAGGAAGGUGGCUGGUGCCGCGGCAUCCAAACCUCACGUGGAGAUCAGGCAGAAUGGGGAGCAGUUCUACAUCAAGACCUCCACCACCGUGCGCACCACCGAGAUCAACUUCCUCAUAGGCCAGGAGUUCAAUGAGGAGACGGUAGAUGGCAGGAAGUGCAAGAGCCUGGCCACAUGGGAGACCGAGAGCAAAAUGUACUGCAGGCAGACUCUCCUGGAUGGCAACGGCCCAAGGACCUUCUGGACCAGAGAGCUGAGGGGAGAUGAACUCAUACUGACCUUUGGGGCAGACGACGUGGUUUGCACACGGAUUUACGUACGAGAAAAUAAAUAACGUAGCUUCAGGACCGACCAGGACCAUCAUAAUGGGCUCCAUCCCCCUUGGUACAGCUGCAGUAACUCUCCAACACAUCCAUCUUCAGAGAAAUAUUUCAUAUCAUAGCGUCAUAUAUCAGAUUAAACAGACAUUUACCAUCCUUCAUGUAACUAGACCAAACAUGCAAUAGUAUUUAGACAUUGUUUCUCAUGUCAACUGCCACGUUAAUAAAACAAUGGUUCAUCCUUUUUGGAUUUACACUGUUUUGUCAGUAUUGGCAAUAAGAGACAAUAUACAUAUCAUUUCAAUAUAUUGUAUUGUUUGGUCAGGGAGUACGAAGGCCAUGCAGCCAAAACACGUCGGUUUAAAAAAACGUUGUUUCUAUUGAACAUGUCAUACUAAUAAAGGCAUUUUAAUUAAUUAUA